GUCUAUUGGUGAGUGCGAGUGUUUUGAUCCUGCGCAGAUCUGUGCCAGCGGACCGUUGUGAACACAUGAGCAGAAUGUCUGCCGGUAGAAACGGAGCCAUUAAUAGAUGACUGGAAUCUAGACCGUGAUAAAUAAUGGCUGACCUGCAACCCCAGGGGGAUCUUUUGAAAAUGACUCACAGAGAAACCUGGAAGAUGCAGCAUGAGAAGUUACAUGUGAAGCACAGAGGUCAUGAGGCCAUGCACGCUGAGAUGGUUCUGAUUCUCAUCGCCACGCUAAUGGUUGCUCAGAUUGUGCUGGUUCAGUGGAAACAAAGACACUGCAGAUCCUACAACCUUGUGACACUGCUGCAGAUGUGGGUGGUUCCUCUGUACUUCACCAUUAAGCUUUACUGGUGGCGUUUCCUGUCUACAUGGGGCAUGUUCUCUGUCAUCACCAGCUAUGUCAUAUUCAGAGCCACACGCAAGCCCCUGUCCUGCAGAACGCCACGGAUGGUGUAUAAGUGGUUCCUCCUCAUUUACAAGCUGAGCUACGCUGUGGGUGUGAUUGGAUAUCUCGCAAUUAUGUUUACCAUGUUUGGAUUCAACAUUUUCUUCAGGGUUAAAGCAGAGGACUCCAUGGAUGUUGGUGUGAUCAUGCUUUUCUAUGGUCUGUACUAUGGGGUGAUGGGACGAGACUUUGCAGAAAUCUGCUCAGACUACAUGGCAUCCACUAUAGGGUAUUAUAACAGGGGUGGCAUGCCUUCCCGAAACCUUAGUGAUGACAUAUGUGCUGUGUGUGGUCAGAAGAUCCUUGUGGAUGUUGAUGAAGAAGGCAUCAUCGAAGACACCUACCAGCUCUCGUGUAACCACAUAUUUCAUGAAUUUUGUAUUCGAGGCUGGUGCAUUGUGGGAAAAAAGCAGACGUGUCCAUACUGCAAUGAGAAGGUGGACCUCAAAAGGAUGAUGAACAACCCCUGGGAGAGAACACAUGUUUUAUAUGGACAGCUUCUGGAUUGGUUAAGGUACCUGGUGGCCUGGCAACCCAUCAUAAUUGGAAUCGUGCACGGAAUAAAUUUUUCACUUGGACUUGAAUAGAUACCUGCAGUAUUUAGUUCCAUUAAAACAGUAAAGGUAUUUACCUUUAAUUAGUAUUUAUUUGUAAAUUGUAUACUUUAUAAUGUAAAUCACACAGUUGCUUUUGUAAUUUAUUUGAUACAAAGUAACAGACUUAUCCACACCCUCCAACAUAUACACAGUUUUCAAAAAGUGACCUUUGCUGAUAAGUUAAUCAAAGGCUUAUCUUUCGUUCUCUAAAGUUACUGUAUCUAUUUUGAUAUUUUCUAUCACUCCUAAUCAAAACAGUGCCUCAUUUAGUUGUUUAGUUGUACCUCAUGUAAAUUUGUUUGCCAUUUAAGUGUUGUCUUUAUUUAAAGAGAGGGUAUAUUUUUGAUCGGGAGAAAAAUAUGUGGGGUGAACUGGAAUGAUUGACAAGACAGUGGACAGUAUUUUCUAUUAUUAUUGUGUUAAAAAGAAAAUAACUGGUGUACAAAAAUACAAUUCCAAUUCCUAAAAAGUUGGGACAGUAUGGAAAGUAAAAACAAAAAGGACUGAUUUGUAAAUUCUAUUCACCUGUGCUAUAUUAAAAGCACUACAAUACAUUA